AUGUGGAGGGCGGUGCUUGAUCGUAUUCCGACAAGAGUGGCGCUCAGAAAAAGAAAUAUUUCAGUUGGAUCGGAUCUUUGUGUUCUUUGCGGAGACGGGAUUGAAACGGUGGACCAUUUGUUUUCGGCUUGUAAUAAGUCUUUGAGGGUUUGGGAACGGUUAAGCGAGUGGAUGAAAAUUCCUCAUAUCUACGCCUUCUCUAUUUUUGACCUUCUGGAAGUCCAUAAAGGAGUCGAUGGGGACUAUAAAGCUAAGGAUAUUGUCAAAGGUCUUAUUUUGGUGACGUGUUGGGCUAUAUGGAAAGCGAGGAACGCGAAGAAUUUUUCAGACGGGAAAGGGGAUAGUGGUGAAUUCUUUGGUGAAGUUAGGUCGUUAGGUUUUCUUUGGUUAAAAAUCGAUCCAAACACCGUAAUAUUGUUUGGAGAGAUUGGUGUAAUUACCCAUUGUAUAUGUUGUAGUUGGUGUUUGAUGCGGUCCUGUUUUUUGAGGCCGGCCGUGUUGCAAUAA